AUGAUACCGCUUACAAUUGUUUUGCUGUUUACCUCAUCAGCAAUCGCACAACUUUCUAAUGACUAUAGACAAGAUGACAACGUAAAUAAUCAAAUGGAAAACAUGUAUAAUAGAGAUUUACGUAGGCCGUCUAAUUUGUAUUAUAACUUUGAACACCUACGAAAUGAUCAACCUGCUCACGUGGAUAUACGAGAUGAAGACAUGGGAAAAUACAUGAACAAAAAAUCUACCACAACUCAUGCUACACCCAUAGUGACUAGCAUUAACAAUUACCCAGAACAUUUUUCGGAUUUUCAACGGAAGCAAGUACCUAUGCCUCGUGAUAAUCAACAGUUAACAAAAACAAUAGCUAAACCUUAUGACGAUCAAAAUUGGAACCAAAUUAUAAACAAUCAUUUACCUGCGAGUUUACCACCACCGCCAUCCACACCAAAAUGGAUGGAUCUAUCUGGAACAUACCAAGAACAACAGCCGUCAUAUUAUUCUUCCAACGCAAAUUACGAUCAGUACUAUCAACCAAACUUACAAACUGUAAAACCCACACAGGCUCCUGCGUUCCAAUGGGCAAAACAUGGUAUUAUGCCUAAUAAUAAUCAAUACGAACAGGUUCCUCAUUCCGACCAACAACGUAGGGACGCUUCAAAUGACUUGCCUUUUUUAUCAAGAGGUAACCAUAAGUUUGAUUGGCCUAAUAAAAGCAAAUUAAAUACACCUCAAGAUCGAGUAUCUACAAAGCACGGUCAACCACCAUCAUCUGUGCCUACUUUAUCCCCAUGGUCUGGUGACGACUUUGGAAAAUGACUUAGAUAUUGAAUUUUAAAUUUUACACUUAUAAGAAGGAAUAAUAAACGAG